ACAUUUGACAUUUUUGUUUGUUUUCGAAAAUUGCAUGAAAAAAACAAUAUUUAAAUAUUAUUCAAAAUGGAAUUUUUUAAGUUACAUUUCGAGGGCGGUUUUCAAAGUACAGCUUAUUACGAUUCCCAGAAUCAACUAAAGUUUGAACCUCCAGUAUAUGAACAGAGGUAUGCUACAGCUCUACGUGUUCUUAGUUUUUGGGAAGGAAGUUUUAAAAAGAUAAUAGAUUUUGGAUGCGCUGAAUUAAAAUUCAUUCAUAUGUUAAAACAAAUACCAGAAAUAGAACAUAUCAUUGGAGUGGAUAUCGACAAAACAAUACUUGAACUUAAUUCUAGUCGAAUAAAUCCUCUACUUUGUGAUUAUAUAAAAAGAAGAGAAACACCUUUUAAAAUUGAACUUUACGAAGGAAGUAUAGAUAGCCCAAACGAUAUCUUAAAAAAUGCUGAUGUAAUUUUUGCGAUAGAAUUAAUAGAACACUUAUAUCCAGAUGUUCUUGAAAAUGUACCGUUCAAUAUUUUCGGUUUUAUUCAACCGAAAUUAGCAAUAUUCACAACUCCAAAUUGUGAAUUCAAUGUACUAUUUGAUCUUAAUUUUCCAAAUGGAAUGCGACAUCUAGAUCAUAAAUUUGAAUGGACGCGUACUCAAUUUAGGAAUUGGUGUCAGAACAUAUGCAAGCGCUUUCCAAAAUAUGUUGUAUCAGUUUUUGGUGUUGGAAACGGUCCGCCCGUUAAAAAAGGAAUCGGUAAAGUAUCUCAAAUGGCAGUUUUUAUUCGAAAAGAUAUGGUUAACAUGGAAAUUCCAAUGGAAAUUGAAUUCUCCAAAAUUGAUUUAAAAGAAAUUGAAAUAAUUUCAUCUGCUACAAAAGAAUACAAUCUAGUUCACUCUGUCGAAUAUCCUAUUUUUGAAGACAAAAGAACAUUAGAUGAAAAAAUUCUCGAUGAGGCUAAUUAUCAUAUAAAUCGUUUUAGAAACCAAAACCAUUAUAUAAAACUUUAUAAUAACGCUGAGAAAACUGUUAUACCAUUAGAUGAGAUAUUUUUUUAUACAAAACAAUAUUCAGAUUCUAUAGAUAAGUUAAAAGAAAUUUUGAAAAACAAUAAUUAUUCAGUAGAAUCCGAUAAUAUUAUUGUCGACGUAGAAGAAAAUUUUGAAUCCGGAGAUGACGUGGAUGAACUUUUAUAUGGACCUGGUACACAUUACAGUGACGAAGAAGAAAAAUACUUUUUUGAAGAUAUUAAUGGUGAUAACAAGGGAGAUAAAGGAGAUUUGCACCAGGAAUCUAUUCCAGAUGAUGUUUCAGAGUGUUGGGAUUGAGAGAUUUAAAUUAGUAGAAAGUUUGCUUUUUUUAAACAAAGAGAAAUUUUUAAAUUAGUUAAAAAUUCAAAGUAAAAAACAUUACUAAUUUGUACCAAAUAUAAAAAAAAAUAAAUGACUUUAAAAGAAUUCAA